UUUUCACCCUUCAUUUUCCUUAUCCUAUUCUAAUUCUAAAUUCUCAAAAACAAAAGACAGAAACAGAUGCUUUUCCUAUUGUUCAUUGUCUUUUUCUAAUCAGAAUCUCUUCUCGUCACACACUUCAGAGUAGUAGUACCCAAAAACCAAAAACUCUGAACCCAAAAAACAAAAAGAGACUCCAUUGAAAUUUCUUCUUAUCACUUCACUAAAAGAGGAAACACCCCAUUAAAAUUCUCAGCAAAAAGCUUCAAACUUUAAUAAGAAAGAAGACAAAUUCCCACUACAAACUAUGCAAUUGCAACGGCGUGUUCUCGAAACAGGGUUAAGCAUUUCACCAUCUUCUUCAUCAUCUUCUUCUUCUUCGAUCAUCAAUGAAGCGAACUUCGACACCAACAUGGUGAUAAUCCUGGCGGCGCUAAUGUGCGCACUGGUGUGCGCCUUGGGUCUGAACUCCAUAGCACGGUGUGCGCUCCGGUGCGGACGGAGGCUGACGGCGGAGCAAGAGGCGGAGAGGCUGGCGACGACGGGGCUCAAGAAGAGCCACCUGAGGAGGAUUCCCGUGGCGGUGUACGGCUCCGGCGAGAAUAUUCCGGCGACGGAGUGCCCAAUAUGUUUGGGUGAGUUCGAGAGAGGGGAUAAAGUUAGAAUGCUUCCUCAGUGUAACCACGGGUUUCACGUGAAGUGUAUUGACACGUGGCUCGUUUCGCAUUCGUCUUGCCCUAAUUGCCGACACUCCUUGCUUGAGAAGCCUAAGGUAAAUAAUAGUGGUUCUGCUUCUUCAGGUGGUGGUGACGGCGGCGGUGGUGGGGGAGGCGGGGGAGGAAACAUGGUGAUCGUCCUCGACCGGGCAAGUUAAUACUUAUUACAAACAUUUGACAAUCAGACUCGGCUCGGAUCGGCUCGGCUCAACUCGCCUCCAUUCUGCAUUUGUGGUUGGCUCUUUGAACGUGAUGGUGUUUUUAAGGAACGCAGGCAAGUUAGUUAUUGCCAGAGGAAAAUGUGAUAUAAUUUCAGAGACAUGAUAUUAAAUUCAGUAGACUUUUUAUACAUCUCUCUUAUAUCAUUUGUUUUUA